AUAACACGGAGUCGACGAAUCACAGUAAUAUACAAAUUACUUCAUACCAGCGUCUGUUUACGUGUACUCUACCUCCAUUAAUCCAUCUCUCUUUUUAAAAUUUAUUUGAUUUGAUUUGAUUUGAUUGAUUCACAUUCAUAUUCAAAAAUCUCUCUAUACCAAAUCAUCGUAUCCAGUUUUCUGAAAUGUCUUUCAUGCACACGUUCUUCGUUCCUGAGGAAGCCAAGGUGGGCGACUGGGAGAAGGAAAGAUAAGAAAACCCAAAUUAAACAGAAUUUACUUGUAGAUAUCCCUCUUGAUCAGGCAUGUCGACGAGUGUAUUCGGUGAUUCAAUGGUGAAAAUUACAGGACAAAAUGAGCUUGAUUUUGUCGAAUGCGAUUGCUGUGGAUUGACAGAGGAAUGCACCCUGUCCUACAUAGAGACAGUACGCGAGCGUUAUAAGGGAAAAUGGAUUUGUGGGCUCUGUUCCGAGGCCGUAAACGAUGAAGUUAAGCAAAAAUCGAUAAGCCCAGAAGAGGCCAUGGCUCGCCAUUUCAGCUUCUGCAACAAAUUUAGGUUGGCUGGGCCACCGCCGGACCCAACCCGGCAUUUGAUCACCGCUAUGAGACAGGUUUUAAGAAAAAGCUUAGACAGUCCCAAGUUCAUAAGGUCGAUGCCAAGUAGUCCCACGAAGAACAGGGGAGAUAUUAGCAUGGGGCUUACUCGAUCGGAGAGCUGUAUUCCGAGUCUGUCUGAAUCGGUUUGUUGUGGAAUUGAUGAAGAUUAUGAAUAACUAGUAAAUUCAAAGUUUCACUGUGUAUAAACAAGAAACUAAUGAAGUUUAACUCAAAAAGUGCUUAAUUCUGAUGUAUCAAUAUCAUCAAUCAUGUUAAGAAAUGAAAAUUACUUCCCUAUAAUGUGUCUGGUGUUUUCUUUCAAUUAUGUGGUUAACAAUAAUUGAGAUUCAUAUUCAGAUUUUAUAAUGAUAGGCUAUUGUCA